ACGCUUUUAUUUUGUAGGCACAAUCGCAUUAUUUCCGGUGUUUUCUUGCACAUUCUGGGCGAUUUCUGUCUUCUGGUUCAAGUUGCUGUGGGAAAGGAAACGAAGCCAAGACAAGUGUUAAAGCAAUGGAGCCCAAAAAGAAGUUGAUAAACUCAGCAGAUAGCUGUGUGGACGAGGCUCUCUGUGGCCUCGUGAGGGCCAGUGGGGGCCUGUCUCUGCUGAAGGGCCACAGAGUUGUGCUACGGUCCGACCUGGACAAUCUGAGAGGCAAAGUGGCCCUGCUGUCUGGAGGAGGUUCGGGACAUGAGCCGGCACACGGGGGGUAUCUUGGGGCAGGUAUGCUGUCAGCAGCUGUAGCAGGUGGAGUAUUUGCUUCUCCACCUCCUGCCAGCAUCCUGGCUGCCAUCCUCUCCCUGCACAAUGCAGGAGCCUCCGGAGUCCUUCUCAUUGUGAAGAACUACACCGGCGAUCGCCUCAACUUUGGACUGGCAGCAGAGCAGGCCCAUAACCACGGCGUCGCUGUUGACAUGGUGAUAGUAGCAGAGGACUGCGCCUUUGACCAACCCAGCAAGGCCGGGAGGAGAGGCUUGUGUGGCACCAUCUUCAUACACAAGCUGGCAGGUGCCUUAGCAGAAGAAGGCUGCUCAUUGGACCAGAUUGUUUCCAAGGUGACAGAGAUUUUGAAGGGAAUCGGUACAUUGGGGGUGAGUCUUUCUCCGUGCAGCGUUCCAGGCUGCCUGCCUUCCUUUGACCUGCCUCCAGGAGACAUGGAGCUGGGACUGGGGAUCCACGGUGAACCUGGAAUUAAAAGGUCAAAGGUGGCAUCAGCAGAUGAGGUGGUGAAGACCAUGAUAGAUCACAUGACCAACCCCGACAGCCAAUCACAUCUGCUUCUUAAGUCAGGAGACACUGUGGUUGUGUGUGUGAACAACCUCGGAGCUCUGUCCUGCCUGGAGAUGGCUGUGGUUACAAGAGCGGCCAUCAUCUGUCUGGAGAGUCGAGGCGUGGUGGUUGCCAGGGUCAUGUCCGGGUCAUUCAUGACAUCGUUGGAGAUGGCGGGAGUGUCACUGACCCUGAUGAGAGCCGACCAGGAAACACUUCGACUGUUUGAUGCUAAGACUAGCGCCCCCGCCUGGCCAAACCUCAGCAGUGUGUGCGUAAGCGGACGCUGCUACAUCACAAAUCCUCAAGCCAUGAGCUCGCGGCCACAGGACGACACACACUCUGAAGGACCUCUGAGUCCGGUGAUGCGUAAAGCGUUAGAGAGAGUUUGUUCCACGCUGUUAGAAAAACAGGAAGAACUCAACUCCCUGGACCGUGCUGCAGGGGACGGAGACUGUGGGAACACUCACUCACAGGCUGCUAGAGCCAUUCAGGAGUGGCUUCAGGAUCACGUGGUCCCUGGUUGUCCUGGGAAACUGUUAUUAGUCCUCGCAGGAUUGGUGCAGGAGAAGAUGGGCGGGUCUUCAGGAGCGUUGUACAGUCUGUUCCUGACUGCUGCGGCUGGUCAUGUGACUGAGGGGCGGAGCAACGCCACAGCCUGGGCUAGUGCAGUGCAUGCUGGGACUCAGGCCAUGAGGAGAUACGGUGGCGCUGACCCUGGAGACAGAACGAUGUUGGAUGCUUUAUGUCCUGCUGUGGAGGAGCUGUUGAAGCUAUCCACAUCACCACCUGGUGGACAGUUGGCUGUGCUACAGACUGCUGUGCAGAAAGCGGCCUCAGGGGCAGAGUCCACCCGUGACCUGACAGCAAAGGCGGGGCGAGCCAGCUACAUCGCAGCUGAGCGGAUCAACCUGCCUGACCCCGGCGCUGUGGCUGUAGCAACCAUCUUGAGAGCCGUGCUAGAAUCGCUGGAAGGGCAGAAGUAAUCCUGCAAAUAGUGUCUGAUCAGAUUAUUACCAUCACCAGACUAAUAGUAACAGAAGAGAUCUGUUUUGCCUCACUAACAAACAAAAUGUGACUAAAUGAUAUUUGUGAUCAUUACCUCUCUGAGGCUCAGAUUUGCAAGCUAAUUUAAGUUUAACACAAUAAAUAGGCUACAGUGAAUGGAGACAAAGUAGAUGCCUGAUCAGUUUAGGAAAUUGUAAAAAGACAAAUGUAAAAAAACAAACAAAAAUAUUGUCAGAAUUAAGGCCAAAGAGGAAGCAAAGCAUUAGCUACCUGCACUUUCCGUAAUCACAUAUCUCAUCAGACUGUCCUUGCCGGGUGAACACCCACGUCUUUCAAAUAACUAGCUUGCAGUUUGUAAUGCAGCCUUUCUGCUGAACGCGUGUUGUCUCCUCCUCAUGAUGAGCCAGCUGAUCUCUCUGUAUAGCCGGAGUGCUCCACUUAAGACUAAUAACACAUCCUGAUUCAUCGUGUGUUUUGAAAUCUCAUCGCUCUUUCAUGUUCCAAAUGUUGUACAUGGAUUAAAUGCACUUUCUUGAGACAACAGUGUUGAUUCAAACUAAUAAAACAACUAUUAUGCUGUGUAUAUGCAGUUAUAAUAUAU